AUGUUCGGAGAGCUGGUGUGCGGCCCUCCGGGUAGCGGCAAGACGACCUACUGUGAAGGGAAGCGGCAGUUUCUUAGUGUGUACGACCCAACACGGCCCGUCGUCCUGCUUAAUUUGGAUCCCGCCAACGAAGACGUCUUCCCGUAUCCGUGCGAUGUCGACGUGCGGGAACUUGUCUCACACGCGCGUGUCAUGGCGGACGAAGGCCUGGGUCCAAAUGGAUGCUACGUGUUUUGCGCGGCUGUGAUGGAGCGCAACAUGGACUGGAUUCGUCGCAAGAUUGAGGAGGCUGUGGAGCGGCGACUGCAGGAUGUUGCCGCGACGGCGACCGCCCACGGAGCAUCAGGCGGGUUGCCGUCGACGCGUGCGCCAUACCUUAUUGUGGACUGCCCAGGGCAGGUGGAGUUCUACGUGGGGGCGUCUGUCAUGCAUACGCUCUUCAGGAUGCUGGAGAAGCGGUUGUCGUGCUCCCUGUGCACGGUUCACCUCGUCGAUGCCGCCGUCUCCACGCGUGAUGUGGCAACGUACGUGUCAAGCUGCUUGCUGAGCAUCACCACGAUGAUCGACCACGAGCUUCCGCACGUGAAUGUGAUGAGCAAGUGGGACACGCUUUCCGUGGAGGAGGCGGAGGAGGGGGAGACUUUCUUGCGCGCCUCGCACUUCAUGGCGGAGGAUUUUGACCGCUUGUGGAAGCGGCAGUUGCGACGGCGACGACGGGAGCACCGCCGGGCGCAGAUGUACCCCACAUCCUCGACGGACGCGUCGUGUGGUGAUCCGAGGCGGUGGGAGAAGGAAGAGGCGGAGGUGGAGGUAAUUGACCUGCAGGCAGACGGCGGCCGGCUCUACCGCUACAGCAGGGCGAUUAUGGAGGUGGUGGACGGGUACGGCCUGGUGGGGUUUCGGCCCCUCGACGUGCAGUCGCAGGAGAUGAUGCUGCGACUCACACAGCAGAUUGAUGAGGCCGUCGGUAAUUUUGUGUGA